UAACCUCUCUGAAAAUAGAUAUAGUCCGACUGAUCGCGCGUCUUUUAUUGUCCAUGUACAAGUGAACAGUGAUUGCAUAACCGAGAGCGUGUUUGAAGUUUUAAUGAAGAGAUAAGUUGCUAAGGUAGUGCACUCGGGCAUAGUAUCUAUGAAAAAGAUCUCACGUGGCAAAAUUUCAAUUGAAAUGCGCACUUAUAAAAUAGUUAAUAACCUUGUGACUAAUCCUGAUCUCAUCAAGGCAGGAUAUUCAAUUUUUAUUCCUACCUUUAAGAUAAUGCGCUCAGGUAUAGGGCGUUCCGACUUCUGUAAUCAGUACGGAUCAGGAACUCAAAUUAAAUCUUAAAUCUUCUUGUCCUAUAACCGAAAUUAAAAGACUUAACAGGUGUGUUGUUAAGGAAAGUUGUUAAGGAUGUCGAAUACACCCCUUCCACUUUAGUUAAUCUUAAGUUUGCUGGGCAGAUCCUCCCCAGGAUUGGCACAUCCGAAAGUUUUGUAAGAGUCGACCGAGAUGCAAGUUGUGUGGCAAGGAUGUUCAUAAAGAAGACGAGACAUGUGAGAGGCAAAACCUCCCCUCCAAAUGUAUUAACUGCUUUGGAGACCAUAUCACCACGUCGACAAACUGCCCUCUCUUCAUCAAGCAGAAAAAAGUAUAAGACGAUCGCAGCCACCGAAAAUAUCUCUCUUGCGGAUGCCAGGAAUAGGCUAUCGUCUACUGACUCUCGAUCUACUUUUCGAUCCAGUACUGACUUAGAAAAUGCAGACAUCUCUAGACAGUCGUACGCCAAAGUCUCUGCCAAGAGUUCAACCUCUCGUACCUCACCCGAACAUCCUCGGUCUCAGUGUCAGGGAGCGGGUAUUUCCCGUCCACAAUCCCCUCCCCCAUCUUCGUUGCGAAGCAAUGAUAAACUCAAGCAGGAUCUCUCCAAUGUCCGUGGCACUCCCUCUCGCAAUACUAAUAAUACUAAUUACUCUACGUCGUUGGAAGAAGCCAGGAGGGAAUAUUUGAUAUCUCCAAACGGCAGAUCUCCCAAUAUAUCGGGAGACGCCAAAAAAUGUGCGAGAGCGCACCGCGCGGAAAAAUUCGAGUGAGAGUUCGGCGCACGGCUGGUAUGAUGCACGACAGUAAAAUCAACUCAGUUUCUUUGUAAUUUAACAAAAGAAUUUCUUUAAU